UGGUUAUUUAUAUGCAUGGAGGUUAGGUUGUGGCUAGAGUUUCAGCAGCUUGCUGAACCAUUGGUCUGGAGUGGGACUCCGUUCCAAUUUCAUAAAGAGAAAUGCAGAGUUUUGCUGACCCAUCAUAGAAACCCAUUAAAACCCCCAGAGCAUUUCAGUUGCCUGUCCCAGUCCCAAGCGUGCGUCCUGCUUGAUCGCCAGCUCUCUCUAAUAGACCCCUUUGGAAAGAAACAAGAGUCCAAGAUGUCUGAGAAAAAAAUGUCAUCGAGCCGCAAGCAUCAUCUGAAGAGCGUGAUGCUCCAGAUUGCUAAGGACUUGCUGGAGGCAGAGGCCAUAGAGGCAGUGGAAGAGAAAAAAAGGUACAUGGAUGAGAGCUGCCCCGCAUUGGACCUGCCUGGGUCAUUGGUGGAACUGCAGGAAAUGUGCAAGACAAUCCAUCACCAGCUUGAUAAAGUGGAUGAGGAGAGAUACGACCUUGCAGGCAAAGUGGGCAAGUGUGACAAAGAGAUUGAUGAUUUGAGGAUUAAAGUGGUUGAGAUCCAGGGCAUUAAGAAGCCAGCCCUGAAGAAAGUGCGUAUGUCUGCUGAUGCUAUGCUCCAGGCUCUGCUGGGCUCCAAGCACAAGGUGACCAUGGAUCUGAGAUCCAACCUGAAACAAGUGAAGAAGGAAGUCAAAGAGGAUGACAAAGACACAGUUGGUGACUGGCGUAAGAACAUUGACGACAAGGCCGGCAUGGACGGCAGGAAGAAGAUGUUUGAGGCCGCAUAAACGCUAUGGCAAGACCAUUUCCCCCUGCUUUUCUCUGUGUCUUAAUAAAUCAGUUGGUAGCCAUGGGCGUCUUUUGUGUUGGAUAUAUAAGGUGGUAUUGUGGUUAAGUCCCAGGUGGAUUUGUAUGACCUUGGUAUCGAUUUCACUGCUUCCUUUUUGUCUGUACACCCCAGACCCAGGUAAUCACCUCACAGCAACUUGAACACAUUUUGAAAGGCACUUAUUGUAUAUGAAAUAAAUAUUUCAAUAACUUACAACUGGAAUAAGCAGUUUUAUUUUGCUUGCACGUCUUCAUAAUGUGUGAGAUUAAAAAACGAAAACUACUUAUGCAGUAGUCUACUUGAUUUGGGUAGGAUUAGUAUACUAUUCAAUGUUAUUCAAUAGAAGAUAAUGGGCAUGAAAAGCUAGGUGUAAAAAACCAACGGAAUAACUAAAGGACUUUAAACCUAGGACUUGAUUUAUUGGAACAUAUCACACACACCAAAAGGCAUAUUCUCUGUGCAUGUACACUUUUGCUCUCAUGUUAUAAAUAUUAAUUUCAUGAAUUAAUCAUUGCAUAACUUUUUAAAUAGUAUAACAAUAAACUAUUUAUAUAUAUUAACCAAAACCACAAUAUGUCAGUGGAACACCUGUUCUCCUUGCCUCCCCUCUCCCAUCUCUCUCUCGCUCUCCCUCUGCCCCUGUCUCUCGCUCUCUCUCUCUCUCUAUCAAUCUACUGACCUAGUGAACUUGAGGUAAUUACCACUCCUAUAACUGGUAUGGCAUAUUUUUAUUGUGUGAGCAUGUUGUGCAUUAAAACUGAUAGAAACAUAUUUAAGCUAGGAUUUAAUCAAUUGUUGAUGUUUUAUCAGUACUAACACUAAACUACAACACUCAUUUGAUAUUAGUAAUGAAGAAUGAACAUAGACUAACAUGUUAUAACACAUUUUAUGAAUGUCUUAAUUAACUAUUUACAAUCUAUCAUUUGUAAACAUUUAUAAACUUGUAUAAGCAGAAAUAGCAUUACAGUUCAUAAGCAUUUAUAACAUGAAUGAUCAUAUAGGCCUAUACAGUUUUGUAAGCAUUUGUAAUGGCUUAUUCAUGAGAGUUAUUUUAAAGGGGCAAUCUUGGAAUCCUAAAUGAAUUAUAUGUACCCAUUGACUCUUGAAGAAUAAUACUUAUAAAUGCCUCAUGAGCUUAGUUCAAGUGUCAUGCCCCAUCAGAACCCAAAAUAUAAGCUUGCUUUACUCCAAUGUUUGUAAACAAAGUACAUUUAAAUACAUGAUAAAAAGCUUAAUAAAGAGUUGUAGAAUUUAGGAUUGUUAGUUUUUCUCACACAAAAAUCAGCAUGCAUGUGUUGACCAGGGUAGUUGAGUAUUCAUGAUGAAAAACACAUGUUUUGUUGUAUCUUGUGACAUCUCUGAUGCAGUGAGAGCGGGACAGUGGUGGACUAGCAUGGAUAUGAUGCCCUCUACUGCCCCACCAUAGCUCACACAACUGCAGGAAAAAGAUGACAUCGAGUCGCAGUGGUCAUCUGAUGAGCUUGAUGCUUUUGAUUGCCCAUGACCUGCUGGAGGAAGAAGCAGUCAAGGAAAAGGCAGCGUAUAUAGAAGAUAACUGCUCUGCUCCCGGAUAUGCCUGGGGGUCUUCCUGAGCUGCAGGGUCUGAAGCACACAUUCCGCCAUCAUGUCUGAG